AUGGAUUUGAUGACAAGGGUAUGUCAAUUCGACCUCAAAGGAGAUCUAAUCAAUUGGUGGUCUGAAGACAUCCGCCAACGGUUUGAGCAAAAGGCCUACUGUUUUAUUAGCGAGUAUUCAAGUAUUUAUGUGCCGGAAGUUAAUAUGAAUUUGAACGGCAAGAAUACUGUGGGCGAGAAUAUCGCCGACAACGGAGGUAUGCGUGAGUCUUACCGGGCGUUUCAAUUGUACGUCAAACGGCACGGAGAGCCGAACGACUGCCAUAUGUUAGCCAAUAUACGGUCAAACUGUUGUAUUUUAUAAGCCAC